CUGCAGAUUGACUGGAGGCCACCCGGCCCACAGCAAGCAGGGGUGUUUCCACUUUCCUUUCUGCCUGACUGACUCACUGCCUGGGUCCUCUGUCUUAUGUCAAAGAGGGCUCUUGCUCUGCAGCACGUCCUUCACACUGACUCAGUCAGGACACUGGCCCUGCCCCUGGCCACUAUGCAGUGCCUCCUGUUCCUUCUAGCUGCCUUUCUUCAGCUCUGUGCUACAGACCCAUUCUCAAUACGUCUGUCAGGAUCUCCAAAUCUCUGCAUAGGACGAGUGGAAGUCUUUCAUCGAGGCAAAUGGGGGAUGGUUUGUGAUGAUGAGUGGGACAUGCUGGAUGCGACUGUGGUGUGCCGAGAACUGGACUGUGGGGAGGCUCUUUCCGCACCUCAUGGAGCCUGGUUUGGUGAAGGCACUGGUCCCAUCUGGCUGAACGAGGUGCGUUGCCAGGGCACCGAGCAGCACCUCCAUGCCUGUCGCCAUAGAGGCUUUCGCAAGCACAUCUGCACCCAUGAGGAGGACGCCAGCGCCAUUUGUUCAGUUCAGCGUUUCCCUUUCCCUCCUUUCACUGCGUUUUCUCCUCCUCCAACUGUCAAAGAGGACAAGAUGGAGGCAGUAAUGACUACAAGACCAGUGCCUUCUGUACCGGCAGAGGGUAGCCCUGCCCUUCGCCUCAUAGGUGGCAGAAGUCGCUGUUCUGGCCGGGUGGAGGUGUUUCAUGAGGGGCAGUGGGGGACAGUAUGUGAUGACAUGUGGGGACUUUCAGAUGCUGCUGUAGUCUGCCAGCAGCUGGGCUGUGGAGAGGCUCUGGCAGCUCCAGGUAGUGCCAUUUUUGGUGAGGGGAAUGAUGUCAUCUGGUUGGAUGAUGUGCAGUGCCAAGGUGGAGAGUCAACAUUGACAGAGUGCCUCACCAGCCCCUGGGGGACACACAACUGCCGCCACAAUGAAGAUGCUGGAGUUGUGUGUUCAGAUGAGAUGCCACUGACAAUGGUGGAAGAACAUCUGGCCAUACUUGCAAUGACCAUGGCAACACAGAGACCCCAACCAAUAUCCUCUAGAAGAUCUCCACGUCCUACUCUACCAACAAGGUAUCAGGCAGAAUCUGUAGCUCAUGAAGCAUCAUGGCAUACAGGGAAGAGCUCAAUGGAAGGACAUUCUGAAGCAAUACUAGCAGGCCAGUGGCAGGUGAGGCUGGCAGGAGGCUCCGGAUCCUGUGCUGGACGGGUGGAGGUUCUGCAUGAAGACUCCUGGGGUACCGUGUGCGAUGAUAGCUGGGACUUGUUGGAUGCUGCUGUUGUGUGUCGUGAGCUGCACUGCGGGGCUCCACUUCUCAGCCCUGGAAAUGCACGAUAUGGACCAGGAACUGGACCCAUUUGGUUAGAUGAUGUCAACUGCAUGGGGAAAGAGUCUACUUUGCAGCACUGCCAAUCCCAGCCCUGGGGGCAGCACAAUUGCAACCACCAUGAGGAUGCUUCUGUCAUCUGCACAGGCACAUGGAAGCCCCUGUCUUUGCCAAAACCUGUCACAGAUUCAAGUAUAGCUGAACUGAUCCUCACCACACGGGGGCCAGAACCUGCAGAUGAGUCAGGGCUACAAAAUACUUUGGAUGUGGCUGAGGUUCCUACACAGAGUUUACCUCCUCCUUGGGAGAUGGAAUUUCCUAAUCCAUGGCACCCUGAUGAGAUAUUCCUACCACCCACAAAUGAGAUGGAGCUUGAGGUGAAGAAGGAAGCACCAACAAGUCACUGGAAUAUACAGGAGAUGACCCCAGGCCAAGAGGUUCUGCAAGAUGUUCAUGACAUAGAGUCACUCAGUGCCCUGAAGACAAGGUUACCCGCACAUACUCAUGGACCAGAGCCCACAGAUCCUUCUGUCAACUCUCAGCCACUUUCAACCAUGUGGGAUCUGAAAUCUGAGAGAGAAACUGAGCCACCAAGCCCUCCAGGAACAGUCAUGCACACACAUGGCCUCCAGGCUACAGUGGAGGGUGUGCCUUCCAUCCAAUGGAACAACAUGUCCCAGGAACCUACAGUCACACAAAAAGCAGAAGCAAGUAACUCCUCCUCUGAAACUCAACCUGCCACUGCCAUUUGGGUUGCAGAAUCUGAGAGAGAAACUGAACCAACCAGCUUUUCAGGAACAGAACUUCUCCCAGACACACAGCUUGCUAUGGAGACAGUGACUCAAGUCCAGUGGGAUGACACCACCAGGAUGCCACCAGUCACACAGGAACCCACCAACACCCCUGCUGAAAGUCAGCCAGCCUCCACCAUGUGGGUUUGGGAAUCUGAGAAAGAAACAAAGUCAGCCAUUCAUGGAGGAAUGGAACUGUUCCUGCCCUCAAAAAGUAUGGAAGCUACAAGAGAGAUGGAAAUGCAAACAGCCACACAGAACAUACAACCUAUGAAUGACAGGGAAGAAACCAGCCCCAGAGUCCCAGACUUGAAAGGAAGUUCAGAUCCAAAGCAGAAAGAGAUACUGAACAAAGAUCACCAUUCUGUGAGGCCCAUAGCUGAAACAAAGUCCACCAUUGUUCCCAGUGCCUCAGACUCAUGGGAUGGAACAGAUGUGAAUGAUGUGAUAUCCCAAAGUCCAGUGCUGCAUGCAUUUGACAUAGGCAGUCCAUCUGAGAAAGGCUUGAGCUCAGAAGUCACUGAGAGAGACUCGGAUGCUGCCUCCACACUGGGUCAGACCAAGACAUCCGGUACAAGCACACCAUUUACUGAACCGGCCAUCCUCCCUACUCAACUCAGUGAAUCAUCUGCUGGCUGCCCUGUUAGGCAGGAGCCAAGGAAACAGCAUCAAGACUGCUGCUGUUCAGCAGAUGCCCUGGGAAAUAUUGUCCAUGCUAUGGAUGGUCUUCGUGAGGAGCUGGGCUCCCUCUCUACAGCCAUCCAGCAACAGGGCUCUCAGCUGGAGGCCUUGGCCCACAAUUUGGCUGAGCUGGUGACUUCUGUGCACCAGCUGGUAAGGGUGCUGCCUACCCUGAUGCAGCCAGUCCCAUCCUCACCUUCUUCAGUACCCUGCAGGCAGAAUGAGGGUGAAAUUCAAAAUCAGCCGCCCAUACAAUGAAACAGCGCUUCCUGUACAGCAAGGACGUUGCCCCUCAUGCCACACAGACUAUGGUUCUUAUACCUUCUUUCAGGUAGCACUCCUGUUGGUCCACUGAGAAAACCUGAUUCUUCUUUGUGUGCCAGAAGAUCCUACUGUAUGCUG